AUGUACACUCUGAAAAGGCUGCAAGCUGGGUGGGGGUAUCCCACAGCUCUACUGUGUGUCUAUGGCUUCUUCAGCACCAUCAAACCAAUGGAACCCUUCCUCAUCCCAUACCUCACAGGCCCGGACAAGAACUUCACAGUAGAACAGGUGACUGGUCAGAUCUUCCCCGUGUGGACGUAUUCCUACCUGGUCAUCCUAUUGCCAGUUUUCCUCCUCACAGACUACCUGCGCUACAAACCCGUCAUUGUAUUCCAAUGUGCCAACCUGCUGGUUACUACAGCGCUGCUGAUAUGGGCAGAAGGCGUAGUAGCCAUGCAGGCUAUGCAGUUCUUCUAUGGCGUGGUGACAGCCAGCGAGGUGGCAUACUUCUCCUACAUCUACAGCGUGGUGGACUUGAAGCACUACCAGAAAGCCACCUCCUACUGCCGCAGCGUGCAGCUGCUGGGCUACACUCUGGGGGCCGUGCUGGGCCAGGCUCUGGCCAGCACUGCCGUGAUGUCCUACUAUCACAUGUUCAUCAUGACGCUGGUGCUGUCCGGCAUCGCCCAGGUAACCUGCCUCUUUCUGCCAAUGCCGCAGAGGAGCAUGUUCUUCCACCGCCGGCACAGCAGGGCAGAGACGACCCGGCCCUCUGCUGCAAGCGCGCCCUCGAAUACCCUCGAAGAAGGGAACGGCGCAGGGGGAAGCAGACCUCCUGAGGCAGGCAAAGAGGCGGCGGAGGUUCCCCUGCAAAAGAGCGCAAAGGGCUGCCUCCGGGUCAUGCAGCACCUGUGGAGGGACUGUCGACAGUGCUACUCCAGGUCGCUGCUGUGCUGGUCGAUCUGGUGGGCUCUGGCCACCUGCGGCUACAACCAGACCCUCAACUACGUGCAGGUCCUGUGGGAACACGUGGAACCGUCUCAGAACUUCACCAUCUACAACGGCGGGGUGGAGGCCUUCUCUGGCCUGUUUGGGGCGGCCUCAGCCUACGGCGUGGGCUUCAUCCAGGUGAACUGGGCGGCCUGGGGGGAGCUGGCCCUGGGCUCCUGCUCUGCUCUGGGGGCAGCUGCCCUCUUCCUCAUGACCUUCAUGGGCUCCAUCUGGGUGUGCUACGCGGGCUACAUCGUCUUCAAAAGCCUGUACAUGCUGCUCAUCACCAUAGCCAUGUUCCAGAUCGCGGCAGAGCUGUCCAUGGAGAGAUACGCCCUGAUCUUCGGAGUCAACACCUUCGGCGCUCUGGUGCUUCAGACCAUUCUCACAGCGGUGGUGGUGGACAGCCGUGGACUGGGUCUGGACAUCGUCUCACAGUUCACCAUUUAUGGGAGCUACUUCGCCACCAUUGCAGCCAUAUUCCUCCUGAGGGGCCUGUACAAGCUACUUGUGAAACAAAACAGUGCAAGAGGUGUGUGCGGGCUCCAGGUGUCGGCCCCUAGUGGUGGCUCG